ACUUGCCCAAUGAUUUCUUGCUGCUAGAUGGGCAUCUGACUGUGACCGUUUCUCCGACAUUUAUCACUUCUUUGCUUGUUUGGAUCGGUUGGAUGAAAGAUCCUUCCCAUCAAGCGUUUUCCAGUGUUUUUCGUCGUUCUUUUUGGAACCGCACAAUUCGGCAAUACUUCAAUUUAAAGGCUUAACGAGCUUUUUUUAGAAUCAAUCACUCUUCUAUUCCAGUUUUAUUUCAAUUGACUUGAAUAGGACAUAGUAAAACAGCCAUUGGCCAUGCCGCUUACGUUUAAUUACCAGGAUCAUGAAAUAGUCUCGUCUUCCACCGUUAUAGUUAGUGGACGUACGUCAACGGGGAUUAAUACCGGGGUAAUUAGCUUUACCAAUAACAAAAACAAAGUUUAUCCUCCACAACAUUUUGAAGUGAAUAACAACGGUAACUUUAAAGCAUUGCUUCAUGUUUAUCCUGGAGAGAGUAAUAUUUUUGAAGUUCAGGUUAGUGAUAAUGGGUUCAUUAAUGGUCUUGGGUUUCCUCAAUAUAACGGGAAUCAGCACGUUGUUGAUCAAGGACAGUUGGCAUUAACAUAUAAUCCGCUUCCUCAUAAUAAGCCAGUUCAUCUCUGUGUUAUUUUGGGUAAAGAUUCAAAUGGUAGCUAUGAUAUGCCAAGUUAUAGAUUACAGCGUGGUGAAGUUGCUAAUUUAGAUACUGCUAUUAGAAAGUUAAAAGUUGCUGGAAGACUUAUGCAAGCUUUCACUCAAGACGAAAUGAGAGCAAUUGGAUUGAGUAACAGAAGUUUCCAAUUUGUUGAGGAAACAGUAAAACAUCAAGGAAUCUUUGGUUACAACGUAGAAUCUCCAACUCCCCAUCAAGAGGUUAAGAUUCAUGUUAUCAGAUCCCCGAAAACAGUUGCUGAAUUAAGAAAUCCUAAUGUGGCUCAACAAAAUCCCAAAGGUACUGAUAAAGGCUGGCUUUUCAGUCAUGCAAUUGAUUUGAUGAAAAACCAUUCACCAGAAAUUUUCGAUACCUAUAGAAAAAUGGGGACUGCAAUUCAAUGUGCCUUUUUAUAUUUGGAUGCUACAUUUGAAACAAGACUGAAAAUAAUAUUGACUCAUGCUGCUCUUGGAGGGGGAACUGCCGAAGUUAAGUGUGCCAUUUUCGGAUCCCAUGGUCUUCAUUCAUGGCCAAUAAAUUUUCCUCAAGUGACUCCCCAUUUCUUGGAUGCUACCCAUUUAUCUACAAAUGAAGUGGCCAAUGAUUGUAACGAGUGUGGAACUAGCUGGGAAUGUUUUAAUAUUACUUUGGGUGCUUUCAUGCACGAAAUCGGACACUCUUUGGGCUCACCCCAUCAAGUAAAUGGGGUAAUGUUGAGAGAUUAUGUUUGGUGGAAUAGAAGUUUCCAAACAAGAGAAAUGGAAUGCUUGAGAAGAGGUACCAGAGGCGAAGUAAUUGGAGCUGAUGGGAAUUGGCCUCGGGUUUGUCAUUGGAAUCGUUUAGAUCUUAUUCGUUAUCUCCACCAUGGUUCCUUCAGCUUACCCACCGAUAAUUUUGGCAAAACUUUCUCAACCACCUUUGCUCCUGAUAAGCAACAUGAUGAUAUAAAUAAGGAACCAACUCUGUAUAAUACUCCUUCUGGUGGAGCAUUGAUUAAGCUGCAACCGGGGAUUUUCAUGGUGGAGUUCGUCACUAAAGAUUUGGCCAGACAUCAUCUUGAAUACUUCCCAAGAAAUUAUGGAGGCCCUGGUUUACAACAUGAAAUGAUGUUGGAUUACAACUCAUCCUUACAGAUGCUAAGACAAGCAGCUCCAAAAGAUGCAUCAGACGAUUUUGCCGUUAGAGUUUUAUCUCUUGGUGGUGAUUUGUUUAUAAACAAUUUCAAAGAUCAUUGCUCUAAUUCGGGUAAAGAUAAUGUGAUAAAAAGUGAUUUUGGUUUAAACAGAGGAACAUUAACUGGUUACAAGAGUGCAUUAUUAGGUAAAUCCAAAGACAAGAAACCAGCAAUCAUUGGAUUUGACCUUAACACUGUCUAUAAAGUUAGAAUUUACCAUGGUGGAGCAUUAGAUGGGGUGAAAUUUUAUUUUACAGUUCCUUCUGGUGGUGGUCAAUCUUCAAAACCACAAGGAGGUGCUCCUAAAGUACCUGCUAGAAACUACCUCAACAAGCUAGUAAAUAAACUUUCAGACACUUCAAUUACACCUAAACAUGAUACUUCGUCUUCUCCCAAUGGAAACCUUCCAGAAGGAACAAAAAAAGAAGUUCUUAUCGGUAAUGAAAAGAAGGAUUUUUCAGAAUUGGUACUCGAUCCAGGUGAAGUUAUCACCAGGUUUCAUUUUAGAAAUGGAGCUUGGAUGGAUGCGAUUCAAUUCGAAACCACUGCCGGCCGUUUGUCCCCCAUGUUCGGGAACGCCAAAGGGGGCCAUUUAUCUACAUUAGAAGCACCUUCUCAUGAUUUCGAAUUAAUUGGAAUGUAUGGGUAUACAGGAUCUUGGUUAGAUGGUCUUGGGGUGAUCUAUACCAGUAAGAGAUAAUUAUACAUAUUGUUUUGUAAAUUUU